UUCUUCCCUGUUUCAACACAGUUAAUGGAGGUGAAACCCUGAAAGAGGGGCAUCAUUGUAAUUUCAGGAUCCUCCUUCCAUAGACAAAAUUGCUUUCUUCCUGUUCCUCUACAUUAUAAAAGGGGAAAUGAAAUCCAUUCCACCAUCAUAACCCUGCUGCCUGAAACAGGGGAAAUCAAGGUUUUUUUGAGAGCAACCCAUUUCUUCUUCUGCAGUUGGAAACUGGAAUCCAACAUCAUAAGCUUUAAAAACUCUUAUUCCUUCUGGGUUUCACUUGGUUUUGUUGGGGAAAAAAAUCAACCUUGAAGCUCAGAAUUGAUAUUACAGUAUAGCUUAAAUUCUUUGAAGGGAUGCAAAAGUAAUUUUUCUUAUUUGAUUCUGUUGUAUGAUUUUGAAAACUGGCUCCUUUUUUAUCAUCAGAUGUACUGUCUUUAUGGUUUUUAUCUCCUUCAGAUGAGUGUCAACUAAAUUUACAUUUUGGUUUUGAAAUUCUCUUCGUGGGUACUUGGGAUAAAAUAAAAUAAAAAUUAACCAAUAGUUGAAGUCAUACUUUGACACAUAGUAGAUUGGAACUGUGAAAUGAGCUAGUUGCAGGGCAACAAUGGUAAGUUGUUAGUCUAUCUCCAUCAGGCACAAUUUUUGAUGAGGCUUUUGUUUUGCAAGAUUCAUUGUCCUCCCUUCAUUUGCUUUUGUAAACCUUCCCCUCAUAUAUACACUCCUGGACCACUGAAAUUAGAGGAUAUCCCACAUCCACCCUUGCCUUCAAAACUUGUGUCAGUUCCUGAAACAUCUGAUCAGUUAUCUGUUGACACCAAUGAGAUAAAGGAGGAGAACUUAGAUGGGAUUCCAAAACCAGCUGAGCCUCAUCUCCAAAGUAGUCUCAGAAAGCGCAUUUCGGACUCCAGUGCUCCAAAACAGGAGCUCAAGAAGAGAGUACAAUGGAUGGACUUUUUCGGAAAAGAACUUGUUGAGAUCAGGGAAUUUGAAUGCAGUGAACUAGAAGAUACUGACAAUGAAGACGACAACAGAAGAGGCUGCAUUUGUGUUAUUUUAUGACCCUCUUAAUCAGCUUCCACUCUGCAAAUUCCUAAAGCAACUACAUGAACUACAAGAGAAAGAAGGAGAAACAUAUAUCCAGCCAAUAAGUCUAAAAUUUGAACAGAGCCACAGUGAUUGAAAUUCAGUUUAGUCAAUUUCGCCUUACCAGCUCUCACAAGAGACUGUUUUAUGAGAAUUCAAUAGAUUGGA